CACGCCGCUAGAUGUCCUUUCAGUCAAGACACGAAACACAUUAUUGAAAAUAUACCACAUUUAUCGCUGAAAAUACCAUCGUUCAUGUUUUGGAAUGAUUUAGGUUGGCCAUUUGACGAUGUUGUGUCGUUCUCACUUCGCCUAAUGUUAGACUAAAUACGUUAUUCAUACACAUUCCACCACCUGGAAGGCAUAAUGCAGGGAAAACGCGAGAACAUCCGUUGAACGUCCACCAGAUACAGACCAGUAUUGCAUCAUACUUGCACUUUGGUAAUAAGACUUAGAGUUCAUUUAUUUCACUAUAAUAGUUUCGUCGAGAACAGAUUGAACACACAAAGCUGGGGAAUGUUUUAUCAUAUAUCUCUGGAACAUGAAAUUUUACUUCAUCCGAGGUACUUUGGCCCCAAUCUUCUAAAUACCGUCAAGCAGAAGCUGUUCACUGAGGUGGAGGGAACUUGCACCGGGAAGUACGGUUUUGUCAUCGCAGUGACCACCAUUGACAACAUCGGUGCAGGUGUGAUGCAGCCGGGCAGAGGUUUUGUUUUGUAUCCGGUCAAAUACAAGGCGAUAGUGUUCCGGCCGUUUAAAGGGGAAGUGGUGGAUGCGGUCGUUACUCAAGUUAACAAGGUUGGUUUGUUCACAGAAAUUGGACCCAUGUCUUGUUUCAUCUCCCGUCAUUCAAUCCCCUCAGAAAUGGAGUUUGAUCCCAACUCUAACCCACCGUGUUAUAAAACAGUGGAUGAGGACAUUGUAAUCCAGCAAGAUGAUGAGAUCAGGCUUAAGAUUGUGGGAACAAGAGUGGACAAAAAUGACAUUUUUGCUAUUGGAUCUCUCAUGGAUGACUAUCUAGGCCUUGUGAGCUAAUCAGCCCUUGGAGGAUACAGAUGUAGUCUUUUUUUUUUGUGAAAGUACAUUUACUAGCCUUUCUUUUGAAGUGUGGAUUGCACCUCACCGAAUUAUUACAAUUUUUUUUACUUUUUUGUAGUUUUUUUCAGUGGACAGUUCUCGUCACUUUACAUCUACGCCAUGACAUCACUGUGAUAAGUAACUAUUAUAGUUUUCAGGUAUGUUUUUCAACUUUGUAUUGUUUGAUUAUUGUAUCUGACAUUCAUCAUAAUAAAAAUCGUUGUGUUAUA